CCGGAUUUUCAAUUCCCUGAAAACCGAACAGUUCCCUUGCAUCGCCAUAGCUUUCGCGCCCCUCAUGAGUUCGUUCAAGCACGCAAGCAGGCUCCUCGACGGCGUCUCUCUCGUGGCCAAGGAGAUCGCCAAGCGUUCCCCUGCUCUGGAAGCCGCCUCUAAGGGAGAUUACCAAACCCUAAUCGUCUCCACCGCCAGAAAGGCCUUGCUCGCCGCCACUGACUUGUCCGGCCUCACUAGGGGGAAAGUUCGCCAGGUCUCCACUCCUCGCCCCAAGGAAUCGGUCGUUUAUUUCGACCAAUCUAAUGUUACGGCGGAUUCGAUCCCCGUCCAGGCGCAGCCGCUGAGCGACGACGAUCCUGCCGCGGCGGUUGUUGCUGCCGAGAAGUUUAUCGAGGACGAUGGAAUCGCGAGGGACGGAGUCAAUGUAGAGGUGGGGAAUGCGCUUCCGUUGGAAAUUGAGGCUCGGGAUCAGGAGAAGGUCGAUUUCGUAGAUGAAGUGGUGGCUGCGCCGGCGGUUCCAGCUCCGGCACCUGCAAGCGACGGUGCGACAAUGACGGUGCAGAAGAAGAGGAAGCUGAGGGAGAGAAGAGUUCCGUCAACUCCAUUUUCCAGGGCGCUCGGGUUUGCCGGUCUAGGAGCUGGUCUUGUAUGGGGAACAGUGGAAGAAGCUACAAAGAGACUUGUGUACGGCACCCCACAGACAGCAGAAGGAAAGCAGUCUGCCAUUUCCCCGUUUCUGUCUGAAAAGAAUGCAGAGCGUCUGGCAUUGGCACUUUGUAGGAUGCGUGGUGCUGCACUCAAAGUUGGGCAGAUGUUGAGUAUACAGGAUGAAUCGCUUGUUCCUGCUCCGAUCUUGGCUGCUUUAGAUAUCGUUCGCCAGGGAGCAGACGUGAUGCCCAGGAAGCAGCUCAAUCAGGUUCUGGAUGCUGAACUGGGGUCUGAUUGGUCUACCAAGUUGACCAGUUUUGAUUAUGAACCUCUUGCUGCUGCAAGUAUAGGACAGGUGCACCAAGCAGUUACGAAAGAUGGGAUAAAAGUUGCAAUGAAAAUUCAAUACCCUGGUGUUGCAAACAGCAUUGAGAGUGACAUUGAGAAUGUGAAACUUCUUUUGGAUUAUACAAACCUGAUUCCAGAAGGACUGUAUCUUGACAGAGCAAUGAAGGUGGCAAAAGAGGAAUUAUCCCGGGAGUGUGACUACAUAUUGGAGGCAGCUAACCAGAAACGCUUUCGUGAUCUCAUCGCUAACAGGAAGGGUUUCUAUGUCCCUAGUGUUGUGGAUGAACUUUCAAGCAAAAGAGUCCUUACUACAGAGCUGGUUUCUGGAGUUUCCAUUGACAAGGUUAUAUCACUAGACCAGGAAACUCGAAAUUACGUAGGCAGAAAGUUGCUGGAGCUGACAUUAUUAGAGUUGUUUGUCUUCCGCUUUAUGCAGACGGAUCCUAACUGGGGGAAUUUCUUAUACGAAAAUGGCACAAAGACCCUCAAUCUCAUAGACUUCGGGGCAGCGAGGGAAUAUCCAAAAACCUUUGUCGACGACUAUCUGAGAAUGGUGCUAGCGUGUGCAAAUCGUGACAAAGAUGCUGUAAUCGAGAUGUCAUCAAGACUCGGGUUCCUCGUAGGAGGAGAAUCCGACGAAAUGCUGCAAGCACACGUCGAAGCAGCAUUCGUGGUGGGAUUGCCCUUUGCUAAACCAGGUGGAUACGAUUUCCAGGCCAACAACAUUACUCAUAACCUGACAGGUCUUGGUGCCAAAAUGCUGAAGCACAGGCUGACACCUCCGCCGGAUGAGGCGUACAGUCUUCACAGGAAGCUCUCCGGCGCGUUCCUGGCCAACAUCAAGCUCGGUACAGUCGUGCCAUGCAGGGAAAUGUUGCUCGACAUCUAUGACCGUCAUCAGUUUGGCGAAGAGGCUAGCCGAUGAUGAAAUGUCUCAGCAGCUACAGAGAAAGAACAAUCUUAUUAAUAGAUGUAGAGCUUGAUUUGUUUGAAUGUACUUGGUAAUUUGUCGUCCAUAUUGAGUUUUUGGCUGAGUAGCAAAAUAAGGAAAAUUGUAUUUUGAUGCAUAUUGUAUACUACCUAUCGUUUUUGGCAGUAGUGAGACAGUGGGAACUGGCCAAAUUAGUGCCGGAAAAUGCAGCCAGCUGCAGGCUUCCUUAAAUGUAAAUGCAGAGGAGAUUAAUUUCAAGAGAUUAUUCAUUAUGCCUCGCUCUCAUCCC